AUGAGCCAGCGCCAGAGCCAGCGCCGCGGCGGCCCGCGGGCCGACAUGGUGCCCGAGAUCGCCGCCGCCGUGGGCUUCGUCUCCAGCCUGUUGCGGACGCGGGGCUGCGUCAGCGAGCAGCAGCUGCAGGUCUUCAGCGGGGCGCUGCGGGAGGCGCUCGCAGAGCACUACAAACAUCACUGGUUUCCUGAGAAACCGUUCAAAGGCUCUGGGUAUCGCUGCAUCCGGAUCAAUCACAAAAUGGACCCCAUUAUCAGCAAGGCAGCUAGCCAGAUCGGACUCAGCCUACCGCAGCUCUACCAGCUCCUGCCCAGCGAGCUCACGCUCUGGGUGGACCCCUACGAGGUCUCCUACCGCAUCGGUGAGGACGGCUCCAUCUGUGUCUUAUAUGAAGCGACUGCAACAAAACCUGUGAGCUCCUAUGGGAUGCUUACCUGUAAGAACCAGAUGAUGUUAGGUCGCACCAGCCCUUCCAAAAGCUACAUCAUGACUGUCUCCAGCUAAAUACUACUCUUGUCCUUACACUGCCAAGACACAGGCUACUGUAUACCUCACCUGAGGAUCUAUUUUUAAGAUGAAGAGCUAUUUAUAUUUUUUAAAAAAAUCCAAGAAAAUCCAAAAUUAAAAUAUUGGGCACCGCUUUGAACAGAAGCGGUGUUCUAGGUGCCUUUUUUAAAGCUGUUGCAAGCUUGUGAGUUUUUAUUAUGAAGCCGAUAUCUACCUAAUUAGUGUUGGAUGGCAAUUUUGGGCUGGUUUGCUCACUUGAGCAGUUUGGAAUGCAGGAAGAGGGGGAAGAGCCAGGCUGGGAAGUGUGGCUUGGUGGUGGGAGAUGCCUGUGUCACCUUCUCACCAUCCUGGUACCUGACAGUAUUGCUGUAUUGCCAAGUAUUGCAGUACUGUUGGAGAAGGGAUGAAGGAGUUGCUGUCUUUCCUCCACUAACUUCUUCACUCCCCAGCUGGUCUGCUCUCUCUGGGGCCUGGAUAUAAUGUUUUGGGGAGCCUUGCCUCAGGGCUGGGUGAUGCUGGGGACCCUGGGAUCCCUCACCUUUGCUCUUGCUCAUCUCGUCUGGACCCACUUACUCCGUGAGUGUUGCAGCUCUGCUCUGCCCCACUCCCAGCACAAAGCGAGGGGGAGCGUGGCCUUUCUCCAACCCUUCCAUCUCUCCUGUCUGCUGCUGGACUGAAAGGGGACACAUAGGUAUUAGUGUCCUGUGAAGUGGAGCAAGGCAGAGAUGCACUGGUGGUCAGGCUGUGCAGAGAAGGUCCCCAAGAUGAAUAUUGCAGCUACUGUGGUGGCACUUGGAAUACUGUUUGUCCCUGGUGCUCCCCAGUACCUGGCUAUCGCCCACAGCUUGCUGCACACUGAGAAGGGUACUCCAGACCCUGAAACCAGCACUGAACAGCUGUGAAUUACAAAGCCUUUCUGCUAUGUGUGGCUUAGACAUCAGCCCAUGACCUGCUCUUGUGUGGCCUUUCUGUGCUCCAAGAGUAGAGUCUGGCCUCUUGCUUGCAAAAGUUGCCUAAUCCAGUGUUGACGACUUGCUGUGUCACUUCAGAAGAGCUGAAGCAACUCGCCUUGUUCUGUAGAGGUUGGUGUGUGAGAACCCCCUUUGCCCUGUCUCUCAAAUCAGAAGUAUUGGGGGUCUCUUCCCCCUAUGUGUGGGAUGCUCAGAUGCUUUGGUGUCCUAACUUUGCUUUUAAAGUCACAGCACUUCUUCCCUCUCUUCCUCCUCUGGGUGAUCAGCAUGUGGCUGUCCCUGGGAGCUGUCUCCACUGAUACCUUGGUAAGGGGCAUCGUUUGGUUCUGAUCCCUUGGUACGUAACUGUUUUGCACAAUUAAUGCCUGGUCCUGUGCUCUGUCUAUUCAAGCAAAACUCCUUUUGGAGUUCUAGUGGCACUUGUAUUCAGGGAGACUUUGCCAAGCAUUGUUCAGGAUUUAGUCCUUAAACUGCUCUGGCUAACUGCAAAUGGGGUGGGAGCUGACAGUGCUGCCCCAAGAACUUUACCUACCUGUUGGGAAUGAGCCUUUACCAGGAUGUUGUCUGUCCAUUGCCUUUUUACUAACCAGCUGGUGCUCCUCCAGUGAUCCUGGGAGAAGUGAUUGAAAAAGCAGGGCGUUGACAUGGUUGGUUGUAAUGAAACUUCCCCAGGUUUGUCCCUCAGCACACUUUUUUACCUUCCUCUUUUCUGACCUGGCAGCUGACUGGCAUAACCAGAGUUGUUGUUGCCCGGCCUUUGAUGAAUCAAGUUCUCAGACAUUUGUGCAAUAUAUUUCCAAAUCUUGGGCACUCUGGGAGAGGAAGGAAGCCUCCCAUCUGCCACAGUUCUUAGCUUGGUAUUUUAAUAUAUUAAAAAUUCAGCACAGCUCCCCAACUCUGACUACUAAUGUGGAAAAGUAAGUUCAGAUUUUUGUAAGCUUCAAAUCAUGAAUUCCAGAACUGGAAAACCAGCCUCAAUUUUUAGAUCCUUUUAAAAUCUCAAGUGGUGAGUUAUUUGUCCUUGAACAGUAAUAGCAGACUGUGGCUCUGAAGUUGCAUCACUUGAAUUUCUCAUGUCAGCAAAGCAGAAGCUGAAAAGAAGCACUGGGGCUUUUCCCUUGGUGAACUUGUGCAAUAGGUGACCUCACCAAGAGGGGUAUAACUGGGAACUUCCAAAAAGCAAAUUCCCUUUUCAAGGAAAAGGGAUCUGGGUGCUUUUUGGAGUCCUCACUUAACCUGCUUAUGUGGAAAACCCGUGAUGGAAACUGCAUUGGGGAUGAGCAGUGCUUGCUUUGCUGGACUCCUUGGUUUAAGAUUUACCCCCCCUUUACUCUGUUCCUCCCUCUUACCAGGAAAGUUUUUCAGGAACAACAGCCCACACCAAAGUAAUACACUAUAAUUGCUCCUAACACGCCCCAACUUCUGGAACCAAAAUAGCCAAGUCUCAUUCUUUUUGUCCCUGGUGUGGAGGAGUCUGAUGUUAAAGGUGUCUGUUUUUAGCUUCAAAACCAACCAAACUUGGGUAUAAUCCAUUUCUCUCUUGUAGCUGGUUACAUGUAAAAGCUGUGAAUUAGUGUGCUCUGUUGCCUUCUGCCUACAAGCCUGAUACUCAACUGCAGAGCUGAAUGGUGUGUAUUUUAAGACAGUGUAUUCGAGGGGUUUCUUGUCAUUUUUUUAACAAGCUGGACUGUUGAACGGGACCUGCUUUUUGUAUUUGGUGAAAAUGGUAGAAAGUUUGUAAGCUACACUUGGAGGAGGGAGUGGAUGGUUACUAAUUGUAUAGUAGUGUUUUUAUAUAAAGAAUGUACAGAUCCUUUGACAGACGUAUGCUUUUGUUACUUUAAUAAAAAUGUAGCAG